UUUACGCUCGAUGCUGAGACCAAAUCCGUGCCCGCGCACCAAAUCCAUUUACUGUUUGGUAGUAGAGGCCCAGAUCGCGUCUCUCCGUCAAUCAAAGCAUCCUCUCGGUUGAAGCCUCUGUCAGUCGGUAGCCCGGCCUGAGAGAAGCGGGGGUACCUCUGUGACUCUCUCUGACGGAGCAGGACCAGAGCAGGACCGGAUCAGGAGGAAGAAUGGCGGAUUCCUGCAGCACCACAGCAGCCGGGGCCGAAGCCUCCAACAGCGCCGCUGCUGCUGCCGGGGCGGCGGGCAGGUCUGCGCCCGACGCACCACCCGCUGCUGCGGCAACCAAAACCGAGACCGUGAAGGGCCAGAACUUUGAUGUGGGCCCCCGGUACACCAACCUGUCGUACAUCGGGGAGGGUGCGUACGGGAUGGUCUGCUCUGCUAUGGACAACGUGUCUAACCAGCGCGUCGCCAUCAAGAAAAUCAGCCCAUUUGAGCACCAGACGUACUGUCAGCGCACACUGAGAGAAAUCAAGAUCCUGCUGCGUUUCCGCCAUGAGAACAUCAUCGGCAUCAAUGACAUUCUGCGGGCACGGCACAUCGACAACAUGAGGGAUGUCUACAUCGUGCAGACUCUGAUGGAGACGGAUCUUUACAAGCUGCUGAAGAGCCAGAGGCUGAGCAACGACCACAUCUGCUACUUCCUCUACCAGAUCCUGAGAGGCCUCAAGUACAUCCACUCGGCCAACGUGCUGCACCGCGACCUGAAACCCUCCAACCUGCUCAUCAACACCACCUGCGACCUCAAGAUUUGCGACUUUGGCCUGGCUCGGAUAGCCGACCCCGAACACGACCACACAGGUUUCCUGACUGAGUACGUCGCCACACGCUGGUACAGAGCUCCAGAGAUCAUGCUCAACUCAAAGGGUUAUUCCAAGUCCAUUGACAUCUGGUCCGUAGGAUGCAUCCUUGCUGAGAUGUUGUCCAACCUGCCACUCUUCCCUGGGAAGCACUACUUGGAUCAACUCAACCAGAUCCUGGGCGUCCUCGGCUCUCCAUCUCAAGAAGAUCUGAACUGCAUCAUCAACAUGAAGGCGAGGAACUAUCUGCAGGCCCUGCCCCCUAAAGACAAGGUCCCCUGGGAAAAGAUCUUCCAGGCAGAUUCAAAGGUUCUGGACCUGCUGGGCCGCAUGUUGACCUUUAACCCCAUCAAGCGCAUCAGCGUGGAGGAGGCCCUGGCUCAUCCGUACCUGGAGCAGUACUAUGACCCCACAGAUGAGCCGGUAGCAGAGGAACCCUUCACAUUCACCAUGGAGCUGGACGACCUCCCCAAAGAGAAGCUGAAGGAACUGAUCUUUGAGGAAACGGCUCGUUUCGUGGAAAACUACCAGGGGUCCUGAGACUCACAGCUCUUCACGGUGACAAAGCCACGCAGAGGCUCGGAACAAGAAGACCCCAAACGUCACGCUGAAACAAACGAAAAAAAAUGCAUCUUCAAGAAAAACCAAGAAAAAGAGAAAACAAGAAAAACGAACAUUUAACUGCUUUUUUCCAUUUCUACUGCAAGAGAGCUAAGUUAAACUUUAAUCUGCUGUGGAUGGAGGGUGGAACAGUCUGUCAUGAUGUUUCUGUCUGUCUGUGUGGGACUCUCCAUCCUCUUACCCUGCGUUUGUUUCCUGUUGUACGUUUUUCCUCAUCCUUUCCCAUCUACACUAACUCCUCCUCCUCCUCCUCCUCCUCACACCUCUUUAUUUCUCCUGUGUGGGCUCUCCUCUCUCUUCCUCUGUCGCUCCCUCUCAUGUAAACACAAACUACUGUAUUAACACCAUAACUGUCCCGUCAUGCUCCAUGUUAAUAACAAACCUGGGAACAUCGAGGGCUAAAAGAAUGGGGAAGCGUAUCGCGUGUGUGUGUAUAUAUAAAAAGAAUAGAGGACGUUUUCUUUUCUUUUCUUAGAGUGCUUGUUGCAGUUUUUGUUAGUUGUUUACGUGUUUUUCGGAUCAGUUCGGACUCGUAUCUGUAUGUUUUGAGGUUUAUAUUUACUAUCGUUUGUUGACUUGAUUUUGAGGCGAUUCUAUGUGUUUACUUCGGCAUGUUGGCAGAUUUAAAAAUGUAACGUUGUAGCUGUUUUACUUCCUAAAAGAAGAAUCUGUGGAUCUUCGUUUGAACGCAUGCAUUCCUGAGAUGAACCAAAGCUGCUGAGAACCUGACUGAGGAGCAACUGCAUAACAUUUCUUGUAGUUAUAGAUUUUUCUUUUAACACAUUCGGCAAAAACUCAUACUGUGUGCAGACUAAGUGAACUCUUCAGGUUUGGUUUUAUGCACCAGAUUGGAGCAGACAAGAUCGACUUACCUGCAACUUAAGAUUCAUUUUAUUAUCUGUUGUUUGAAGAUUAAUCCGUUUGUAGUUUGGUCGUUAACAUGUCCAAAAUUCGGGGGUGAAAUGUCAACCAGUGUUUUCCAAAGCUGUGCAAAAUGAAAACAUUUAUAACUGAAAAGCUUGAAUAGAAGAGUUAAGAUAUUAAAAUAGAACAAUACAACCAAUCGACUGAACUUUCUAGCUUCAUAAGAAAGCAUCAACUUGUUCUUGAAUUGCAUUUUCGCUCUGGUGUUACAGCAAAGUUACAAAGCCCUGCAUCCUCGACCAUGCACACACCCACAGUGCAUUAGUGUUAUUUUUACUUGACUCAGUCUUAGUUUUGCGUUGGUGUAAGAGUAUUUUUUGUCCACAUUGGGCCCCACAACGUUCCUUUAUUGAUAUUAUACAAACGCUGAACCAUCGUCAGUAUUUAAUUUCUGUGUUACCAAACAUAUCUGUCACAAAAGCAAAUUCAAAAAAGUAAUUCUGCAAGUCGGGUAACAAAAUUCCUCCACCUUUAACGUUACCGUGAAUUUUCCCCGGGCUGAAAUUAAGAGGAUGAAUUCAGGAUGAAACUUCAGGAAAGUUCCAGUAUUUUUUUAAAGUCAGAAACUCCAACACAUCAUGAAUGCAUCAUCAUCAUUAUCAUAACAGUCAAACCUGAGCAUGUCAGAGUGUACUCUUAAGAAAACCAUCAUCCUCAACUUGACUUUCUCCUCCUCCUCCUCCUCCUCCUCUUCUUCUUCCUCUUUCUUCUGUUAACACGCCUCAUUCUCUCCAAGAUGGCUUCUUCUUCGUGCAUGUGUUUACGUCAGUGUUCCUGCUCAUGCUCCCGUCUGCUCCCUUGUCUCUCUGUCUUCUGGACGUGACUGUGCUAGCCGUCUGCUGCUUUCUGGGUCCGGCUCAGUCUGCACUAAUUCUUGCCUGUUGCACUUGGACUCUUAAGAGGGAAUGGACCAACACGUGCACUGGAUCUGGUCUCGCUGUAUCAGCGCGGGUCUGUGAUGCUAAAAGACACAAAUCUCUUUCUACGUCAUCGCCUGGUUUUCCUCCGCCUGCGCUCUUGGAGGCUUUUUGAUGCAUGUUGUGAUGUGAACUCUUUCUGUUUGACCUCCCUCCUCGCUUUACUCAAAGGGCUGCCUCCUCCUCCUACUCCUCUUCUUCCUCCUCCUCCUUCUCCUCCUCCUCCUCCUCCUCCUCCUCCUCCUCCUCUUCCUCCUCUUCCCUCUUUUCUGUCUGCUUCUCCUAAGUAGUGUUGUUGAAAACCUCCUCUCUCAUAUCCCUGACUCUGCUGCCAACAGGAAACUCAUUGCCCCUCCUUUUCUAAGAUCCCGUUGCUCAUAAAAGCAGGAAACUCGCUCUGAUCACAUGACCCAAUCAGCACGCCUGCACUUUGUCCCUCCAGCCACGCUCUCCCCCCUGAGUUUGUCGUUUCUCCCUUUUUUGUGCAUCCUUGUUGUUCAACGUUAAGUUUGGCCCGCCGUGUGUGUUUGUGUGUGUGUGUGUGUGUGUGUGUGUGUGUGUGUGUGUGUGUGUGUGUGUGUGUGUGUGUGUGUGUGCGUGCGUGCGUGCGCGUGUGUGCACGUGUGCACGUGUGCACGUGUGCACGUGUGUACGUGAACUGCUCCUCAGUAACAGAAAGCCAAGACUCUUUUUGUCCUGUGUGUGCAUGUGUCUAUGUGUGUAUGUCAGUGUACUGCUCCUCAGUAACAUAAAGCCAAGGCUCUUUUUGUCCUGUGUGUGAGUGUGUUUGAAAGUAUGUAAAGCCCUCCUGCAGUUUUCUGUGUUGACAUCUGUGAGAUUUCUUUCUUUGGGAACAGCGUAACAACAGUCGCACGGUUAUUCGGUUUGUGUAUGUGGUGCAGCAGUCGAUCAGUCCCUGCUUGCUUUGUUAUUUUCUUCUUCUUCUUCUUCUUCUUCUUCUUCUUCUUCUUCUACAACCUGACACCAGACCAAGCAUUUCCAAGAGGACGACACUUUGCAGUCCUCCUGACACACUCACUCACGCUCCCUCUCUUUAAGAGGAGUGUCUGUGUGUGUGUGUGUGUGUGUGUUUGUGUGUGUGUGAAAAGUUGCACUUAAACGCACCGUAAUCUUUCUCACAGCGUGGACCAGUCUGUCAUGAGGUCUGGGAUAUUGUUGUUCUGUUCUUGUUAUUGCUAUCGUUGUUACAUUGGUGGGUUGUUGUAUUUUAUUUUUUACAUAAAAGGGAGCUAAAGUUGUAUCAUUUUUUUUAUUAUUAGUUUGUUUUUAACUGUAUUUUUGUUUCUUUAUUUCGGGCGUGAUUGUUAUUGGCAGUGUUUGCAACCUCUGGAUUUUUUUUUUGCUUUAAUUUCCCUCAAAGAUCUUAUUAUAAGGAAUUAUUUUAAAAGAAGAUAUAAGUAGAUUAUCAAAGAGAUAUGAGUUAUUGAGGGUUAUAGUCUGUAUUCUGUGGGUAUUAUGAAUUUAACGACUAACAAAGAAGCAGAAUUAUAUACAUAUAAUGAAAUAAAAUUUCCUGAUACUGUUAUA